GGCUGCCAGCAGCGCAGACGACCGUCUGUACUAGGCCAAAAUGGCUGAAUAAGAAACGCUCCGAAGAUUUCAGCUUCUUGAUGAUGAUCAAAUGAGAGACUUGAUUGAUUCAUAGUUCAAUACGACAAUCGGUAUGACUUUAUACUAUAGCAGCUGCAGACUCACCGCCGUUUACAAUCACAGUCCGGUCCCACACAUAGGAAUCGGCGCAGUACUCAGUAGCGCAUCACACCAAGCUGUAGAUAUCGGCACAAUUUCCGAUCUAAAAUCACAUUUCACUCACUUCUGACACCAUGUUUAUGGACCAAAAAUGUGGUGCAGCUAUUUUGUACUUGGCACGAAGGUAAAUUUUGUCGGUUUUCUUUCUUACAAUAGUGCAUUAGACAAGGCUCAGUCAGUGGUGAUUUAUUUUGUAUCGCAUAGAUUUGGGAAUGAGUUAUUCCCUUUGUGUUGAAUUUGUUUUUAAAAGUAGUUUCAAUAUGCAUAGUGAGCAAUUAUGCCACACUGACGGGUCUCCUGGAUUCUUAUGUAUAGGCAUUUCGGUCUUACCAUUUGAUAUUUUAGGGAUGAAUAAUUUUGAAGUUAUUCCACAUGGUGUCAGAAGUGAGUGAAAUGUGAAUUUUGAUCGGAAAUUGUAACCCAGAGAACUUCCCACGCACAUGCAACAUCACUACAAGUAGCCAUGCCCAUGUUUCUACUAGUCAGCAGGUGCAAGCCCCCACAUAUAAUUUUCACAAUUGUACGGUAAACAUUUUUAACAAAUAGAUCUAGAGUUAUUUUCUACGGUUCUGCGGUUGAGUUAUUUUCUACGGUUCUACGGUUGAGUUAUUUUCUACGGUUCUACGGUUUAUUUUCUAUGGUUCUACGGUUGAGUUAUUUUCUACGGAGUUCUGAGUUCUACCUGAGUACCUGUUCUACCAGUUGAUUGGAUCACCAGUUUGAAGUGCAUCCUCGAUCCUUGGCCAUGUACCUUGGCCAAACUAAAAUGUCAGGCUUGAGGAGAUUGCAGACUCUGCUGCGACACACUUCCAAGCUUCACCCAUGGGCUAGGCAGAAUCUACACCAGACCAUGACCAGGUCCUCCUCAAACAGGCUGUUUAGCUCUAGACCUGGUCCAGCUCUCCAGGUCAAUCCAAGGUGUGGUCUUGCAGAUGACCUGCUUGAUGUGAGGGCCAGUGGAUUACUUCCGGGUCAACUUGUACAGCUUCAGGCAGAAGUGGAGUCAGAAUGCCAAAGAUUCAGGUUUCAGUCAGUGGCCAUGUUUCAAGCCGAUGCCAAAGGUCAAGUCAUAGUCAGUCAACACGCCUCUCUUGGUGGGACCUAUGAAGGUGUGGAGCCUAUGGGCCUGAUCUGGAGCUGUAAACCUGUACCAGAGGUAGCCCAUCUUUACCCGAGACUGAAGAAAGCAGACUCGAGACAGCCACUGAAGUACACCAUAAAGCUUCUAGAUCGUGGUGAGCCUGAAACCACCCUGCUUGCUUCGGAGGUGAUUGAGAGAUGCUAUCUGGCUGACUAUGUUGAAAGGGUAAAAGUUUCCACUGGAAAGUGUCAUGGAGUAUUCUUCUUCCCCAAGCAUAAAGGUGUCUCGGAUCCUCUCCCAGUGGUGGUUGAACUACGAGGCCUUGGUAAUGGCGUCUUGGAAGAUCGUGCAUCUCUGCUUGCGUCCCACGGGUAUGCUGUCCUUGAAAUAGAUUUCAUGGCCUCAUUUGAACCAACAGAAGACAUGAGUGUCUUUUAUUUUGAUGCACAGGCAUUCCUGGAUUUAUUUCAGUACAUUGAAAAUCAUCCUCGCUUGGAUGCCUCUCGGGUGGGUUUGUUUGGGUUCUGUACUGGCAGCACAUUGGCCUUUCAUGGUCUCUCCAGCUUAAACCUUCCUGUUAAGUGUGCUGUCUUCUCCAGUAUGUUCGAUAUCUUGAUGUCUGUCGUCGGAAUGAAGAUGCCCAACGGAAAAUAUAUUGAACCCCGUGGGCCCCUGGAAGAGUUUACGGAGACCUAUGAGAAAGAUGGAUAUACAUGGUUUUGCUGCAAGGAGUAUGAAAGCAUGAAAGUUGUGCAUGCGAACAAAAUGGAAGACUACCUUCCUCCGGUUGAAAACAUAUCAGUGCCAACUCUCUUUCUACUUGCUGAAGAUGAUCAAUACCAGCCGUCAAAGGAACGCACGCUAGAGACUAUAUCUGCCAUGGAGGAGGCAGGAAAAGAUCACCUGGUGGAGACCUUUUCGUUAGAAGGUUCAGGACACCUUCUGGACGCUCCGUACAUGCCUAUCUGUACACAGUCCUCUAUCAAGUUUCCUACUGUACGAUAUCCCUAUUUCACUACCUGGGGAGGUACACCACACCUGUAUGCCCACUCUGUAGACAAAGCCUGGAAGAAAGUGCUAGAUUACUACAAGCAUCACCUCAACCCAAAAGAAACAUACAGAUGAAGCAUUCAAUAUGAUCAUGUGCAUCAUUCUGAAUAGAUAGUCAUUAGUGAAGUAAUUACAUUAAAGAACUUACAGAUGUGAAGGGAUAAAUACCAUGAGUUCAUGUAUUUGUCCAUCAUUCUGAAAUAGAUAAUAAUUUUUAAAAAAGUGAGAGAUGUGAACCGAUAAAUACCAAUGUUUCUUAGCUUCACAUUGUCAUUACUGGUAACUGGAUUAUGUUGCUUUUUUUUUUUUUUUUUACAAAACUAGUGUUUUGAUUUUACUUAUUGCGGCAAAAUUCCGAACUUUCACCAAGUAUAUACUUGCACAUAUAACAUAAACAUAUACAUAUACAUGGACAUGUACGUGUACUACAUUGUACUAAAAAGGGCCAAUGUAUAUUUUAUUUAGGAUUUUUAUGAGAAUGAGAUAUUUUAAAUAAUUCUCUCUGAUCAGAAAUAUAGAGAGCAUCAAAUAAAGAACUUUAGAUAUGUCAGAAUUUGCAAUAUUUGUGUCGAUUUCAUGUAGAAUGAUUUAUAAUGUUUGUUAUUCUCUCGAAUAAAAAAAUGGAUAAUCAGAUUUACAUGACAAAUUUCAGUAUUUAUUUUAGCAUUUACGUUGUUCAAGUGGUGAUCAAGUGAGGACAGUUCACCAAAUCAGGAAUAGAGC